UUUCAUUUUCGUCCGUAUUCGUCUGCAAAUUCACAAAAUCAAAAUGGCGGAACAACAAGAACGCGUCGACGUGAAUACAGGGCAAAAUAAUGAACGAAACACGAACACGAGCGUGCCAGACUAUUCAAAUAAUCAAGCCUGGACACAAUAUUGGCAGUAUUAUUACUCGUACUAUAUGUAUUACUACACAUCGUAUUAUUAUAUGGCUUUAAGUCAAAAUUCUGCUGGUUUUGUUGGUCCGUCUGCUGUGAAUGUUCAGCCCACAACAGCUCAGUUAAAUGGUGCUAGAGUUCAUCCAAAUAACCAGCCUGAUCUUCGACAGAGGUUGUUUAAUGGAAGCCUUUUUGGAGUUGUCAAUUUGGGGCAGAGGGUUGAACCGGAAGAACGUAUGUAUUUAUGGCUUUGUACAUUAAUUGUACAUAAAUUUUGAGUACAAAAUUAUUCAAAUUGUGUGCAAUAAACGGACUAUUAAUGUACGAUAUCGAUGCUACAUUAACAAUUUUGUUAUUCUAGAAAUUCGAAAUCCUGUUAAUGUACUUUUUAAGCCCUGUUUAACACCACCUGCCAGACUUUGGUCUAGUUUCAAUGGCUUACUACCAUUUGCAAGCAACCGCAAAACCCAAACUUUUUUUCACGUUUGUUUACGUUUCAAACGUACACGAUGGGCGGGUCAAACGUGCAUGUUGACACGUAACAAUCAAUUAGUUUCAACCGCAAAAUAGUGACAUUUGACAAAUAUCGCCCAAACGUCAUUAUUUCGCGGUUCAAACUAAUUGAUUGUUACGUUUCAACAUGCAUGUUUGACCCGCCCAUUGUGUACAUUUGAAACCUAAACAAACGUGAAAAAAAGUUUGGAUUUUGUGGUUGCUUGCAAAUGGUAGUAUGUUUUAAAUUAAUAAUCCCAAUCGCUCAGGCCACAUAAAAAAUUACUUGUUUUAAGUUGUUUAGCAUCCACCCAUUUUAAUUUUUCCAGGUUGGGCGGGAGGGUUUUUUUUAAUUUUGCCUAAAAACUCUACUACAGGGUGUUUCAGAAACACAAUCCUGGAAAUUCAGCACACCACCACAGUCAGAACUAACUUUAUUGUGAAUACUGCAUUUAAAACAGAAAAAUUACAACAUUGGCAUCCGAAGGGUCAUGCCCAACACCUUACCUGUGAACAGUCAUACUCUGGGAACGAGAUUGAGUUUGAUUGUGUGCGAGGCAAUUGCAAAGUGUAAAAGGUUUUUAGAGAGUUUUUACACUAAACUUGGAGGGUUUUUAAAAAUAAAAAGUAUUUGGAGGUUGGGGGCUUUUCUCAGGCCGGGCGAGGACCCAAAAUUUUUUAAAGUAAUUUUGUUUUGUGGCCUUAUUUGGCCUUAUUGGGUUUCAAUAAGGGUUAAAUAUACAUUUCUGGAAAAAAGAUGUCAAUACGACAUCUUUUACAAAUUAAACCUCCUGCCAACCUGUUCUUGGUUCAGGGUAAAAACUGAAAACCGUCUGAGACUCUGAAAAAACCCAAAAGAAAACUUUAUAACUUGUGUCAAAAUAUCACUACAGUUAGAUUAAAUUUCACGCUACACGUUCAAGACUUCAGUGUUAAAAACAAUUGUAUUAAUGGUAUAGUACUGCCUUAAUAUGUAUGUCACCUUAUAGUACUGCUUUAAUAUGUAAGUCACUGUUAGAUGUGUAAACUAAAAUAUUGUUGGUGGCAUUGGUGCUGGUGGAAGUUGAAUCUUGUUUUUGCUAUGUACUGUAUUGCAUUGCAUUGUACUGUGCCGUGUAGUUUUGUAUUGUGAUAUGUUGUUUUGUGAUAUUCUUAAAUUGACUGUAUUUAGCAAUUUUUAAAGGGUCCACAGUAAUUGGUGUAUACUGUUGUGGUGACCCUAGCACUUGUUUGUUGUAAGUGGCAAAGUUUAAUAAAUAUUAAAUAUUGUCACGUUUGAAAGUUGGAAGUUUUGUCAAAAACUGUUGAACUAGCACAAACUAUGAUUUUAACAAGGUGCCAUUUUUUUCAAUAUUACUGAAAGUGUAGCAGUUUUUUCUGAUUUUUUGGGUAGAACAACAAUUGGUUGAAUUGGUUUUCAAAAAACAUUGGGUUUUCCCCGUUUAUCGAUUAACUGCCUCACCUUACACAGCUAAAAACGCACAGGUUGUUCCAAGUUGAUAUCGACAGGUGUGAACAAUGUUGUGCGGCCAACUAUGAACAAGUUGUCAACCAUGUUGUUCCAAGUUGUUAGAGUUGAACAAUGCUGUAACAACAUGUUGACAAUACUGUUCAUAGUGGGCCACACAACCUUGUUCAGGCCUGUUGAUAUCAACCUGGAACAAGUUGUUGAUUUUCUCAAUUUUUCCUACCAAAGACAUCAGGCCAUAAUAGCAGAUCAUUUUCGAGACAAUUUUCAUAACUUCAAAUUCUGCAUUGUUUUUAAGUUAAAGCACACUGUUAUAUUUGAGGGAUUGUGAGAUUCAGAGGUUUCCAACAUUAUUUUUAACUUUUUUUUAAGGGCAUUGCCGGUUAAUGGGCUAAUCAGAAAUGCCCAGGCAUUUCUACUAUUUAAAGUUUCAAAUUAUUGCUAACUACUUGUUUUCUUUUAAUUAAGGAUAUGAAUACAAAAUUGCUUCACUUGGAAAGAGAGUAUUCGCUGAAUUUAUUGAUUUUGUUUUCUUGUAUUUUCUGAAGUAUUCAUUAUUUUUACUUUACUAGUAAGUCUAAACUGUCUUGUGUAAUCUUAUAAUAGCAAUGUCGGUGGUGUGGCUGUGAGUGCAUGUAGUUCCUUAACCCAUUAAUGGGCAAGAAGACUCGAUCCUUGAUGAGUAAAAUUGUCUGCCAAUGAGUAAAAUUGCAGCUUAAUUAACUGGUUAUAACACAACAUAUUGGCCGAUAGUUUGGUUAACCCAUUAAUGUGCAGGUCUCUCCACCUGAUCAGGGCACAUUUGGUAGGAUUCCAGCUUAACCCAUUGAGUCGCAGCACUUUCCCUUGACAAGUAAAAUAAUCUGGCAUUAGACAGAGUAAAAUACUAAAGUACGGCAUGUCAGAGCACAUUGCCACUUAAAAGUGUUACCAGAUGUAUGGGCAGAUAGUCUGAUUAACCCAUUGAGUUGCAACACUCUCCCUUGACAAGCAAAAUCACCUGGUAUUGGGCAGAGUAAAUACUAAAGUAGGGUGUUCAGGGCGCAUUGCCACUUAAAGGGUCAAGUAACUAACUGUCUAUCCGUUACAUCAGCAAAGAUCCUGACAAACUCAACUCUCAGUUUCAAUAUAUCUUGGUUAUUGAUGACAAUACAAGUAUGAAAGAUCUUGAAGAUGUUCUGGUGCAAGCAUUGAUCUAUCGGUUCAUUGUCUUCCUAUAUGAGG